AUGGCGCCAUCAUCUCGCCCCAACAUCCUCUUCGUCAUGGCGGACGAUCACGCCGCCAAGAGUAUAUCUGCAUAUGGCGCUGGCAUUAACCAUACGCCGCACCUGGACCGCUUGGCGAAGGAAGGCAUGCUGUUCAACCACUGCUACGUCACGAACAGUAUCUGUACCCCCUCCCGGGCGACCAUCCUCACCGGCACUCACAAUCAUGUAAACGAUGUGAUGACGCUCGACAGCGAGCUCAACAAUCGACUACCAAACGUGGCCAAGGCCAUGAGAACUGGAGGAUAUGCUACCGCCAUGUACGGAAAGUGGCAUUUAGGAGAGGGAAUACGACACGAGCCGACCGGUUUUGAUGACUGGGCGGUGAUCCCGGGCCAGGGCGAGUAUUGGGAUCCAGCCUUUAUUACCGAGUCCGGCACGAGCAACAUCCCAGGGUAUGCGACGGACAUCAUUACCGACAAGAGCCUGGACUUUAUCAAAAAGACCCGCGAGGCGGACCCAUCCAGGCCCUUCUUUGUCAUGUGCCAGCACAAGGCACCCCAUCGGAGCUGGGAGUGUGACGACAAGCACAAAGAGCUCUACAAGGACCCGAUCCGACUACCGGAUACCUUCACAGACGACUACAAGAAUCGCGCGCGGGCAGCCAAGAUAGCCAAGAUGCGUAUCGCAGAUGACCUGACCUACUUCGACUUGGGUCUCGUCCAGCCCGACGGUGGCUCGCGGCACGGCCUUGGGGACAAGAUGGUGAACACUUGGUUCUUUACAGACCGCAAGAUUCUCGUGCCUGAGGACAUCACUAAGCUCAAGCUCAUCGACAAAGAAGACGGUACGGUCUUUACGUUCAAGACGGAGGGCGAAUUGACAGAGUUCAAGUUCCAGCGCUAUAUGCAACGGUACCUCCGUACUAUUCAAAGCAUUGACGACAACAUGGGUCGGAUGCUUGACUAUUUGGAGGCCGAAGGAAUAGCAGACAAUACAGUUGUUAUCUAUACCAGUGAUCAGGGAUUCUUCCUUGGUGAGCACGGCUGGUUUGAUAAGCGCUUUAUGUACGAAGAAAGCUUUCAGAUGCCAUUCCUCAUCCGAUAUCCGAAAGAAAUCGGAAAGGGGACGGUCUGCAAUGAUAUCAUCAGCAAUGUUGAUUUUGCACCAACAUUCCUGGAUCUCGCGGGGCUGAAAGUGCCGUCGUAUAUGCAGGGCGUUUCGUUUAGACAGCUCUUAAACGGAAACACCCCGGCAGGAUGGCAGCAGGUCGCAUACCACCGGUAUUGGAUGCACAAUGAUAUCAUACACUGCGCAUAUGCGCAUUAUGGGAUCAGAAACCAGAGAUACAAGUUGAUCUAUUGGUACAAUGAGGACUUUGGCAUCGAGGGUGCCAGGCCGGCUGACGCCGAUCACAAGGAGUGGGAGUUGUUCGACUGCCAAGAAGACCCAUUGGAGCUGUUCAACUGCUAUCACGACGCCAAGUAUGCCGAUGUUGUCAAAGAGAUGAUGGCACUGCUGGAAGACAAGAUGGUCGAGAUCGGAGACGUUCCCGUACACUUUGGUCACUGGACCAAGUCUAAACGUCCCCGGCAGGUGGAGGAGGCUGGAUUUUCUUGCAAAUAUUAA